CGCUCCUUGUGUGUGUGAAGCGGAUCCCCUGUUCAACUUUCUCGGUGCAGAGAGCCUCAGAGACAGUAAUACCCGCCAGUAAGAGGGUUAUCCACCCAGGGGCUGAGCGCUGUGUCGGUGGAUUUUACAACUGAACUCCUGGGUUUUUAUUACCACAGGAAACACGGAGCGACGCUUUCUUCUGAAGAUCUCCAGCAUUUUCGUGUCACAUUCCUGAAGUUUCUGGAGACCUCCACAGCCGGGCCGACAGCAGACUGCCAGGAUCCUUCCUCCCUUCAGUCUGGGGAGGGAUAAAGACAGGAGUGUGUGUUUGAAGAGAAGCAGCCCCUGUGUUGGCUGGAUAUGGCUUUUCUGUGUUUGAGAGAAAGACACAGGGACCAGAUCUGAGGUCAAGACCUUCCGCCUCCUCCCCUCCCCCGCAGAGUCCCAUGACAGUGUUAGGCACAGCCCCCGGGGUUGCUAUUGCUACACUUACCAACUGAAAUAUUUGUAUACUCACAGACUGGAUCUCUCAUUGGGAGGGGAACGAGCCAGAAGAGCUUCUUCUCAAGUGAGUUUGAGCUGUUCAUUCCCCCCCCCUCUCCUCUCUACCCACACACACAGAGGUGCGUGUUCCCCUCCUCUCAGAUAAGGAGAAGUUCUCUGAAUCUCCUCACAUCCACCAAAAUGCCAGCAAAGACACCAAUGUACUUAAAAACUACAACUCCCAAGAAGGGAAAGAGGCUGAGGCUGCGUGACGUCCUCUCAGGGGACAUGAUCAGCCCCCCGCUUGGGGACAUGCGUCACAGCGCACACGUGGGGCCCGAAGGUGAGGGCGACAUGUUUGGAGACGUGGGUUUCCUGCAGGGGAAGAUGAGCAUGCUGCCGGGCCAGAGCCGGACACAGGACGGCCGGUCCCACAGCGUGGAGCGUCGGCUGGACGAGGGCGAGGACCCCCACAGCUACGCCUACAACGGCUUCCACUACCAGCACUCCUCCAGCGGCCUGCUGAAGACCACCAUCUCCAUGCCCGUGUUCAUCGCCCACGAGCAGGCCCCACCCAAACCCCCACGCCUCCACCUGGACGACCCUUCCCAACAGAACCACUUUCACCCCCACCAGACCCCCGCAGACUCCAGCCACAGACAGUCUAACGGUCACAGCCGCACGGACAGCCGCAGCCAGAUGUUUGAGAAUGGCUUGGUGGGCCGCUUGGCAUCAGAGCCCUGCAGAGACAUCUCUCUACCCCCCGCUGUCCGCCGGCUCAUCCCUUCCUCCGGAUCCUUCUCUGAGGCCUCAUCGGAGGACUCCAUGUCAGAGAGCUGCGGGCCCUUGGACAAUCGCCGGGGCCUCAGCCUGGACUUUGAUGCCGGCCUGAGCAACGAGGAUCUGAGGAGUGAGCGCAGCAACUCACCCGGUUCUCCCUGCCACCCGGCCUCUCUCACCGUGUCGGGAGGGGUGACGAGGUCAGACUCUUUGAUAGGGUUAAAUCUGGACCUUGGCCCCUCUAUCAUGGAGGACGUCCUGAGCAUCAUGGACCGCUACAAGACUGAGGACAACCGCUGUGAGCUGUGAGGACUCAGAAAUACAGUAAUCCUUAAAGACUUAAUACCGAUGAUGAAAGAGGAGAAUGGACGGAGGGCUGAGAGAUUACUGAAAGAUUUAUACACGUUCAGUGCUUGUGAACGUGUAUCUGGGUAUAUGGAGUGCCUACCAAUCCACAAAACUGUGAAGUAAGGGAACCCAGUCUGUGUGUUUAUGGGUUGCCGAUCAGAAAACAUGGGAUUAAAAAAGGUAUUCAGAUUUGGUCCGUAAACCGCUAAAGCGGAGUGUUUCAGAGAGUGUGAGUACAGGUUUAUUCAGACGGGCAGUAUGAGAAAAAUAAUGUGUUUUGUGAACAUUAAAGCAUGUAAAUAUGUUUUAGUGGACCCAAUGUACAAGUACGAACCUGAAAGUGUCCCCUUUAUUAAAGGUGAGAAGCAGGUGGACUUUAUUGUGUUGGGACGCUGCUACCCGAUGGACAACAGACAAGGCAGAAGGCUGGUCCUUACAAGCCUUUAACAAAGCUGAACAUCACAACCAUUUGAAAUGUAAGAUGAUAGUCACCUUCUUAUCUCAAACACAUUCCCCCUAUCUGUGGACAAAAGACCGGCCUCCACCGACAUCGCAUUGUCUCUUAUUCUGAUGUAUGCUGAGAGUUUUCUGCUUGUAAAUGGUUCACAAAUUGCUGACUGAGUAGAUGUGUCGAGACGGGAGGAAUGGGAGGAAUCAGCAGCUGAGGACAAAACUCAGGAGCUGCAGGACUCACUCAUCCACUGUGGAAACAACAGCCACUAAUACAUAAUGUCCUAUAACUUCAGAUGGUCAAAUAAUACAUUUAAAGUCAUACUGAGCUGAACUGCAAACAUCAUUUGAUUAAUGUUUUGUCCAUAUUCUGUCUUUAUUCAUCUUGGCUGACUGUUUCUGAAGAAUGAAUACUGAUAUCUUUACUGGUUUACUGUAAUGCUUCAAUGCCAGAAGAAAUGUGAAGAACUUCUGAUUUUACUCUCCUCUCGUCAAAGAGGAAGACGUAAGUUCAAAUGGUUUCUAAAGUUACAUGUGGGAACAGCAGCGCUAACAUUUCUUCCUUUCUUUUGAUCAGAGGGAAUCAGACUGAGCGUAUUAUUGUAGUUAAACUAAUACAAUGUUAUUCUACUGCUUUUAGACCAUUUUCAAACACUGGUCUUUAAAAACACUUCCGUGUUUUGGCUCCUCUAAUGUUCACUAUCUGCAAUAUCACAGUAGCCUAUUACUCAAAUGUCAUGUAUGCUGUACAUAUCUAUAUUACUGUAAAUGUAAGAAUAAAUUGUUACUAUCGAGAAAAACUGAGGAUUCAUGGACAAUUCUUUACACAAAAUCAACAACAUAAACACAGACCUUAUUGUGUCUGAUAAUAAUACAUCAUUGAUUUAAAAUGUAACCAAUAUUUAGUUUCUUCAUUUUGAAAAUGAUGAUUGGCCACUCCCAUUAUUCUAUAUUUGUAAAGUGUGCUAGAGGAAUGUAACCAAGUACUGUGAAAUUCUUAGGUAAUUGUACUUUAUGUAGGCUAUAUUUAGAUCCAAAUACCUCUGUACUUUGACUUAGUUAAGAUUCAAACUGCAGUACAAGUACAAAAUCGGAGUACUUUAAGCUUCAAAAUUAUUUUACAGGUGGUCCCAGGUGUGUUUAUUUUUACUGCGAAAGACUUUAUUAUAAAGCACCAGGGUCAGUGUAGGUUUUUCAGGCAGCAGAUUUACCCUCUGAGCCUCACUACCUUGGUAAAACAUACUUUAUGCACUUUCUCCUCAAUGUGAAGAUGAUAGCAGGUGGUUCUGAAGUCAAGCUGAAGUGAGGAUGAAGCCCCUGGAAAGAAAAACAACAUGGCAAAUCACACAGUUUUUCUGCGCUGAAAUGACAAUGCCAAAGGUUUGCUGCAUUAAUUUGGAAUUAUCUGAUUAAAUAAAAAUCUGUGGUGAUGUGCACUAUGUGAAAA